AUGGUAAUAAUUAGUACCAGCAUCUUUGGAACUGCUCUAAAUCCCCUAACUACCAAACCGGUGGAUGUUUAUCGCAUUGUUAUGACUAAUAACAAUAAUAUGAGUGUAGCCAUUCUGACACUGGGAGCUACAAUACAAAUGAUUAAAUACCCCGAUAAGCAUGGUAAUAUAGAAGACAUUUGCUUGGGUUUUGACAAUGUUCAGGGUUAUAUAGAUCAUAAAACUAAAUAUAUAGGAGCCAUUAUUGGUAGAGUAGCAAAUCGUGUGGCUCAAGCCAAAUUUCCUCUAGAUGAAAAGGAAUGCUGUUUGACCAAAAAUCUUAAGGAUAAACAUCAAUUAAAUGGUGGUUUUAUAGGAUUCGAUAGUAUGAUUUGGCAGAUAAUAGAAGAAAACGAGAAUGGUAUUAAACUACAGCAUAUAAAUCCCGCAGGCUCAGAAGGUUAUCCUGGAGAGUUAAACACCACUAUAACGUACGACCUAGAUGAUAACAACAAUUUUGGAAUUUUUAUAGAAGCCACAACGAAUCGUAAAACACCCGUCAAUAUAUCCAAUAAUCUAUAUUUAAACCUGGCUGGCCAUAAUACCCGCAAGGAGACGCUCUUUCAGCAUAAUAUCAUGAUUAAAAGUAAUAAAAUUGUGGAAUGUGAUAACGAGCUUAUACCCACAGGUUGUUUGAUGCCUGUCAAGCAUACCCCCUAUGAUUUGCGCAAAUAUGUCAACUUGGGCAAACGACUUAAGAAAUUUUUCAAUUAUCCCAACAAAGGUUUUCAUAAUAAUUAUUGUAUUGAUAGCUGUGAAGGUCAAGUUAAACCUAUUGCCAAAGUUAUACAUCCCUGUACAGGUAGAUGGUUGGAGAUUUUCAGUGAUCAACCUUCGGUCCAUUUUAGUACUUGUAACGAUUGGCCAGAUAUUGAUAAAGCGGGAGCUGAACCUAUAAUUGGUAAAUCUAGAGCAGUGUAUGCUCAAUAUGGUGCCUUUUGUUUGGCUUGUCAAAACUACCCUGAUGCCAUGAAUCAUUGCAAUUUUCCAAAUGUAUUUAUAGGACCGAAACAGAAAUAUUGCCAUACUGUGGUUUAUCGUUUUGGUUGUUGCGAAUAA